UUUGUUUUUUUUUUUUUUUUAAUCAGAAAUGGCCUUUCUUUUCCAGGAAUUUCAAGAGGCUGUCAAAAUUCUUGCAAAAAAUCCCAUGUCGGACAAGUCGGAAGCGGCUGUAGAGCUGUAGAGGUCUCCCAGUCCCUGUGUGAAGUGUUUUUCUCCAAGUUGUGCUCGAACUUGCAGUUAAGCUUAACAAUCUCCAGUGUAUUUGACAUCUCAUUGGCAGUUAAAUUGAAAAUGGUCUUCAAUUUUACUUUUUUCUUAACACACGAGUUCAGUGCAUUAAGGUUGAUGAGAAAGCGCUUGCCUUUAAUCUCGCAAGCCGUUUGUCUCGAGUACCCAUCGACGUAUGCUCGAUUUUGUGUAUUUUUCUCAUCGUUUAACUCAGGAAAAGACCCUAGUUCUGUAGAAAUUGGUGAAUUUGGUAAUUCCAAUGGUGGGUGUGGUAGAUAUACAAAGAUGGGUCCUGAGAAUUAUGGGGGUUUGAGUUUCUUUCAAGAGGGUCGAGGCUCUGAUUUUGGGAGCUUUGGAAAGCUUGACGAGUUUGAUGACAGCGAUGAUGAAGUAGAAGAAGAGAGUGAUUAUGAUGAUGAUGGUGAGGAUGGUUUUGAGGUCUUGAAUUUGUCUAAUAGGAAUAUUGCCCAGAGAGAAAAUGUUGGUAGAAUUGAAGAAGAUGAGGGACAAUUGAGACACCCUUUAGUGAGAGAAGUUUGUCGGUUAGUUGAUCUUAGGUCGACUUGGAACCCAAAGCAUGAAGGGGAAUUAAGGCACCUGUUAAGAAGCCUCAAGCCUAGGCAGGUAUGUGAUGUUCUGCGUUCUUUUGACGAUGAACGUGUUGCUUUGAAGUUCUUCUAUUGGGCUGAUAGGCAAUGGCGGUAUCGACACAACUCAAUUGUAUACUACACAAUGCUCGAGAUUCUUAGCAAGACUAAACUGUGUCAAGGUGCUAAACGGGUCCUCCAGCUUAUGAAGCGCAGAAGAAUUGAGCGGCCCCCAGAAGCAUUUGGUCAUGUGAUGGUGUCUUAUAGUCAAGCAGGCAAGUUGAGGAACGCAAUGCGAAUCUUGACUUUGAUGCAGAAAGCGGGGGUUGAACCAAAUUUGUCUAUAUGCAACAGUGCGAUUCAUGUUUUGGUGAUGGGAAAUAGCUUGGAAAAGGCAUUGAGGUUUUUGGAGCGUAUGGAAAUUGUUGGAAUUAAGCCAAAUGUUGUCACCUACAACUGCUUGAUAAAAGGAUAUUGUAAUGUGCAUCAGAUUAAUGAUGCUUUGGAGCUAAUUGCUGAUAUGCCACUCAAGGGUUGUCACCCAGAUAAAGUUAGUUAUUAUACGGUGAUGGGUUUUCUUUGCAAAGAAAAAAGGAUCAAAGAAGUCAAGGAACUGAUGGAGAAGAUGAGGGAUGCCGGACUAAUAGCGGACCAAGUUACUUACAAUAAUCUGGUUCAUGUGCUCUGCAAGCAUGGGCAUGGAAGUGAGGCUCUGGGAUUUUUGAGGGAAGGUGAAGGCAAAGGAUUUCGAUUUGAUAAGCUUGGUUAUAGUGCAAUAGUUGACACAUUAUGCAAGGAAGGUAACAUUGACAUGGCAAAAGAGAUUGUGAAUGAGAUGUUCUCAAAAGGCUGCAUCCCAGAUGUUGUGACAUACACCUCUGUUGUCAACGGAUUUUGUAGGGAAGGAAAGGUGGAGCAAGCUAAAAAGAUGCUUCAACAGAUGUACAAGUACGGUUGUAAGCCGAAUACAGUGUCUUAUACAGCCUUAUUGAAUGGUCUUUGUCAGAAUGGGAGGUCAUUAGAGGCGAGAGAUAUGAUGAAUACGAGCGAGGAAGAGUGGUGGACUCCAAAUGCCAUAACUUAUAGUACUGUGAUGCACGGGUUGCGUAGGGAAGGGAAAUUGGUUGAAGCCUGCGAUUUGGUGGAAGAGAUGGUUAGCAAGGGCUUCUUCCCAAACUCGGUUGAAAUAAACUUGAUGAUUCAGUCUCUCUGCCGAGAAGGGAAAAUGGACAAGGCUAAGAAGUUCAUGGAGUGGUGUCUACAUAAGGGGUGUGCUGUUAAUGUUGUCAAUUUUACUUCCCUUAUUCACGGAUAUUGUCAGAGGGGUGACUUGGAAGCUGCUCUGUCAUUGCUUGAUGACAUGUAUCUGAGCAACAAACACCCUGAUGCUGUCACAUAUACGACGGUAGUCAAUGCAUUAGGGAAGAAAGGUAGAAUAGAAGAGGCAAAUGAACUUGUGAUGAAGAUGUUGGGAAGGGGUUUGGAUCCUACUCCUGUGACAUACAGAACCGUCAUCCAUUGGUAUUGUCAAAUGGGUAGAGUGGAGGAUUUGUUAAAAUUACUAGACAAAAUGCUUGUUAGGCAGAACUUCCGAACUGUAUAUAAUCAGGUCAUUGAGAAGCUUUGUAGUUUCGGUAACCUUGAGGAGGCUGAAAAACUCUUGAGUAAGGUGUUGAGAACAGCUUCUAGGAUUGAUGCUAAUACGUGCCACAUUGUUAUGGAUGGUUACUUGAGCAGAGGGCUUCCUCUCUCUGCUUAUAGAGUGGCCAAUAGAAUGUUCCAUCGGAAUAUGAUUCCUGAUUUAAAAUUAUGUGAGAAGGUGAGUAAAAGAUUGAUGUUAGAAGGAAAUUCAGAGGCGGCAGAUAAACUUAUAUUACGGUUUGUAGAGCGUGGAUGCAUAUCACCUCAGGGUGAAGAGCAUAUGAAUAGUUGACAAGGAUUCUUUUUGGUAGAGAAAUUUAAGAAAACGUUCAUUCAGGAUUCAGUGGUUUAGCCUUCAAUAUUACCUUCAGUGAAUCGUAAACGUCCCGGUGUUUGGCUUCGGUUUUUCUGUGUAGGUAUUAUAGGAUGUCUAUCAAGAUGGUUAUUGGUAACAAAGAUUAGGCUUUCUGGCCUGCAACGUCUCUGGUUACCGCCUGCAGACAAAGAUCAAAGCAAAAAACAGCUGAAGAUGGUUAAGGCACGCAAAAGGAGAACGCCUCAGACUCUACACCAGAGGAACAAUCCUAGGAUACAAGAGGUCAAAAUCAAACAGUACCCAAAUACCUCUCUGGUCCAGGUUAAGGGAAUGAACACCAGCGAGGAGGUCGAUUGGCACCGAGGAAAGCGCUCGGGGUACAUCUACAAGGCCAAGAUGAAGAAGAAUGUGUCUUGACUAUUGCUGCAUUUGGGGCAAGGUUACCAGGCCUCACGGUAACAGUGGUGUUGUUCGUGCCAAGUUCAAGUCAAA